GUGAACCAUCCCGAUGGUCAUCCUCACACUGUGACUGCUGUUGCAAAAAUGGCAAAGGUGAUAAAGAAGGCGAAAGUGGCACAUCUUGCAAUGAACUCUCCACCUCUAGCUGUGACAGUCAAUCAGAAGCCAGCUCCCCUCAAGAGACUGUCAUCUGUGGCCCAGUCACUCGCCAAUCCAAUAUACAGACUCUGGAUCGACCAAUCAAGAAAGGUCCUGUGCAGCUCCUUCAGCAGUCUGAAAUCCGGAGGAAAAGUGACCUGCUCCGAACUCUAACUUCUGGCUCUAGAGAAUCCAACUCUAGCAAAAAAAAAGCAGCAAAAGAAAAGCUCUCCAUUGAGGAAGAAUUAGAAAAAUGCAUCCAGGAUUUCCUCAAAAUCAAAAUCCCAGACAGGUUUCCAGAACGAAAACAUCCCUGGCAAUCUGAACUUUUACGGAAAUAUCAUCUAUAGGAAUGGGGUUUCGCCAAGGGAAAUCACCUGU